AUGGCAACUAAUACGAGUACAAAUCUUGAAAAUGUGGAGAACUCAAGCAAUGCCGAUGUAAAAGACAAUCGUGAUAAGAAAAUAGAAAAUGAACAAGCAAAGAAUGUAGGAACAUCCUCAAAGAUUGAUACUCAAACAAAUGAGAGUAAUACAACAACAGAAACAUCAAUAUCUGAACAGUCGAUUGUUAUUAAUGAUCCAGUAAAAGUGACGAUAACAGUAGUUAAGUCCGCUAGUACGGAUAAGUCACAAGAUACUAAUGCUUCAUUAUCAUCAUCAACAACAACAACACAAAAAGAAAAUACAAAUGAUUUAACAAAACUAGCAAAUACUGAAGCGUCAUCAUCAGAACAAUCAAUUACAAUUAACGAUCCAGUGAAGGUAACAAUUACUGUAGUACAAGGUCAUCAUGAUGAUAAACAGACAGGACAGUCAUUAUUGUCCACAUUGUCAACAGCAGCAGAAAAAGUAUCUGACCACGUCGAUGAUUUGACAAAAAUUGAAAAACCAAAAUUAGUACUAAGUGCUCAACCUUCAGUCCUUUCGGAUCCGAUAACAAUAUCCGUAGGUACAAAUUCUGCUGAUGAGAAUAAGAAACCAGAAGAAACAAAAGUAGCAGUCGGCGCAACUGUUGAAGAGAAUAAGGAAGCAGUAUCUGCACCAACGUCUGCGAUUCCACCUGCAGAAGAUACGGCAAAAACCACAGAGACACCUGCUCCUAGUACAAGCACUGAAGACAAAAAAGAGGAAGCACCAGCACAAACUGCUACCACUCCGGCUGUCGAUGAAAAUAAGAAGUCAGAAGAAAAAACAGCAGGUGAGAAGAAAGAUUCAGAACCUGCUCUUGCUGCCGCUGCUCCAGCUGUUGAUCAAAGUAAAGAAGCUACACCAACUACAGAGGUCGUUACAGAAGAAAAGAAAUCCGAAGAAACAGUAUCAACUCCAGUGCCUGCUGCGGACACGAAACCAGAAGAAACAAAAGUCACAGUGGGAGCACCAGUUGGAGAGAAAAAGGAAUCAGCAUCUACAACUCCCCCUGCAGAAAGUACAAUAAAACCAGCAGAAACUAGUACAAGUACUGAAGACAAGAAAGAAGAAGCACCAGCACAAACUGCUACCACUCCAGCUGUGGAUGAAAAUAAGAAGUCAGAAGAAAAAACAGCAGAUGAGAGGAAAGAUUCAGAACCUGUUCUUGGUGCUGCUGCUCCAGCUGUUGAACAAAGUAAAGAAGCUGCAACUGUAACAACGUCUACUGCAGAGGUUGCUAAAGAAGAGAAGAAGCCCGAAGAAACAGCAUCAAGUUCAACACCUGCUGCAGAAACGAAGCCAGAAGAAAAAACAGUAAUAAUCGUCGCAUCUGCCGAAGAGAAAAAGGAAUCAAUCCCUACACCAGCAAGUUGUGUUCCAGCUAAUGAUGCUGAUAAUAAGGCAACAGAAGCUGUUAGUUCUACGGACAAGAAAAAACCAGAAGGCGCAGCAACCAGUACUACUCCUGUUGACGAAAAGAAAGAACCCGAACCAGCGUUAAGUUCUUCUGCACCAACUGUUGUUGAUGAUGCGAAUGCCAAAGAAGACAAUGCAAAGACACAAGCACCAACAUCUUCAACAGCGACAUCAGUUUCGAAUGCAGAAGAUGAAUAUAAAAUUGCUGAUAAUUUUCCAAUAGUGAAAGAUAACGCGAAAAAUCUCACCGAUUUUCAACAAAAAAAGGCCGAAUACUUUUUUAAUGUCAAUCUCGACAUCGAAAACAAGAAGUUCAUAACCUGGGAAGAUGUUGAAUUUUAUUUAUUGUUUCAUAUUACGGCUGCAGGAAAAGAAUCUUCAGGCAAUAGUGACUUAGAAGCACGAUUAAGUCGAGCUGCACGAGCGCUUUGGGAACAUAUUCAUGAUCAAGUUCCGUCACCCGAUGGCGAACAAGAUCAAUUAUCCUUGGACCAAUUUCUCGAUACAUGGGCUAGUCUUAUUGACUAUAUUAUGCAAAAUGGUAAAUUUCCAGGUGUAGUUCAAAAUUUAGUUGAUGCUGGAUUCGAAUUAUAUUCAACAAAGGAUCGUGAUGAGAAGCCACCUACAAUUCAACCAUCUGCUUUCGAGCAACUCUUUCAAAAAAUGAAUCUCGGUCGACCUUACGCUAUGAUGGCCUAUACAUUCCUUAGUGAAAAUAGCACGAAACCGUUGGAUGCUGACAAAAUUAAUUCAGUCGUGAGAGCCGUGGUUACAUCUUCAGAUGAUGGACAUGAUUCGCAUUUUAUUUUGCCAGGUUUUUUCAAAACAAUUAAGAAUAAGAGCACUGAAAAAGAUGGCACAAAUCCAACACCAACGCCUAGUGAAGAAAUUAGUGAAAAACAGACACCAUCACCUACUCCACCUCCGACGCUAAUAGCUUCUCAACCUCAAGAACCGUCAGUUAAACCACAACAACCAGGUGGUCCACAACAAAGUGGACAACAACCAGGUGGUCCUCAACAAGGUGGACAACAACCAGGUGGCCCGCAACAAGGUGUGGUGCAACAAUCAGUUCGACCACAGCAGUCAGGUGGUUCACAACAAGGUGGACAACAACAAAAAGGUGGACCACAACAACAAGGUGGACAACAACAACAAGGUGCGCUGGAACAAUUAGUUCGACCACAGCAGUCAGGUGGCCCACCAAGUCAUCAUCAACAGCUUGCGCAACUUCCUUCUGGGCAACAAAAAAUUUUACUCCAAAAAUUGGACACCGAUGUUCGUCGUAUCUUACAAUUUUAUCAUAUAGACGAUGGUGAUCUUGUUGAAGUAGAUGAUGGACCAAUACAUCGUUUAGUUUUGGUGCAUCCUGAAAGACCUUUACCUUCUUAUAUUCAACACGACAAAGGUUUACUCGCACAAUUACAAAAUUUCGGAAAUGUCAUAGCUGCUCCAUCAAUACCGGCUCAAUACAAGACAGAUGAUUUAACAUUAAGCAAGCCUCAAGGCAUUGAAAAAUCUCCAGCGGAAGAGUCUAAGCCAAAAGUCACACUAGAAGAACGUCUUUCACGAGGUGAAGCUGAAUUAGGUCCAACGAUACCAUCGAGUCAAAUACAAGAACAAAACAAACAACUACCAACAGGUAUUCAUCAAGUAUAUCCAGCAGAGAGUGAAGCUCACGAACAAGACCAACAAAAACUAGAUCAAUCUCAAGCUCAACAGAAGCAAGAUCAAUCUCAAGCUCAGCAGAAGCAAGAUCAAUCUCAAGCUCAACAGAAGCAAGAUCAAUCUCCAGAUCAACAGAAGCAAGAUCAAUCUCAAACUCAGCAGAAGCAAGAUCAAUCUCAAGCAAGUCAAUCAUCACAAUCACCAACAUUAUCUUCAAAAAAUGAUGAAGAGAAAAAGAAAGCAGAAGACCAAACCAAAUCAGAAAAAUCUGCCUCACCGAAUGCAUCCGUUCCAGAACAGACGGAAGCAACAACGUUAUCUAAGGAAGAAGAAGAAAAAGUUGUAGAAACUGUUAUAAAACAAUUGACACCAUUAGUUGAACAAUUAGUUGCAGCUGAACUACGACGAGUGCUGAGUGGUCAAAAUAGUCAGGACGCUGAUAACGAUUUUGUACCAUUUCCAUUUAUGUUUGCCAGUAGUGCACCCAUGUUCGCUUCUUCACACGGUGAUCCAUCAACGCAAAAUUUUCAACAGCAACAACAACCAACUAAUAGACAAGCUAACUUUAGCGGAGGUCCAGGUAGCUCACCAUUCAUUCCUCCCGAAUUACUUAUGACAAUGAUGAAUGACAUAACACGAGGAGGUUUUCGAGACGGUAUGACGUCUGGCUCGUUCAAUGUGUCUCCUCCUCGUGGUGCUGCUGGUGGACCCGGGCAUGUUGAAGGUUUUAUGAUAUUUGGUGAUGACGACCAAAUGAUGGGUGGUCAGCCUCGCAAUCAACCAACACGUCCUGGACCUCGCUAA